UCGAUAAUCCGGCUUGUACCUCAACCAAUUCGAGCAUAUCAAUUGAAGUUCAUUGUGUUUGCAAGCCACGCCAAGCUUCAUCGAAAAAUAUUAAAAGUUUAGUGCAGGAACAUUAUUGAGUGAUUUAUUUCACAUUUUCGACACAAAAUGAAGCGGGAUCAUGACGAAAAUCAAGAGGACGAUCAACAUCAGGAAGAUAGUAUCGACAGUAACGACAACAUGGAUAAAAAAGCGGCGAAUAAACGUUCACGAGUGGAGGAAGAAGAAGUCCGUUUAUUGAUUCCGAGCAAGAUGGCUGGAGCUAUUAUUGGAAAAGGUGGACAUAACAUCCAAAAACUGCGGACAGAGUACCAAGCCCAAGUGAAUGUAGGCGACUGUACAGGCCCCGAACGAGUGAUCACAAUUGGCGCCGAUAUGGAAACUGUCACCAAGGUGGUUAAGGAUAUCAUGAAGCAUUUGGAUAAGGCAGGAGAAAAUGAAUUUGAGCUGAGAAUAUUGGUACAUCAGAGUCUUGCUGGCUGUGUCAUCGGAAGAGGUGGAACCAAAAUCAAGGAAAUCAAAGAUCAAAUUGGCUGUCGGUUGAAAAUAUUUUCCAACAUUGCUCCACAAAGUACGGAUCGUGUUGCGCAGGUGGUCGGUAGCGAGGAACAAUGUUUGACGGCACUGAACGAGAUAAUUGGCUUGAUCAAAGGGACUCCAAUUAAGGGUCCAGUACAUAAUUAUGAUCCUCACAACUACGACGAUAUGUACGCCGAUGAAUAUGGUGGAUACGGAGUAGGUGGCGGAAGCGGAAACAACUUCCGCAAUGGAGGUCGUGGAGGUGGUGGCAACGCCGGUGGCGGUGGCGGUGGUGGAGCAGGUACAGGUUUCGAUCGACGUGAUCGUUUUGAUGAUAGGAGAGUAGGAGGUGGAGGUGGAGGUGGAGGUGGUGGUCGAGGAUAUGAUCGAGACAAUGACCGAGGACGUGGUGGAAUGAGAGAUCGAGAAUUCAUCAACCCAUGGGCACCAAAUGUCAACGGCAGCCAAAUGGGUGGUGCCAAUUUUGGUGGCGGUGGCGGUAGCCUCGGAAUGGGUGGCCUUGGUGCAAUGAAUAUGGGAGGUUCCGGUGGCAACAUGGGUAAUCUAGGAGGAAUGGGUAACAUGGGGAACGGAAAUAUGGGUGGUUUUGGAGGAAAUAGCAGUAACAUGGAUAACAAAACAUCCACUCAAGUGACAAUUCCAAAAGAUUUGGCUGGGGCGAUAAUUGGAAAAGGUGGUGGCCGAAUUCGUCGCAUUCGAAAUGAAUCUAAUGCUUUCAUUCAAAUCGAUGAAGCAUUACCAGGAUCAACGGAUCGCAUUAUUACCAUCACUGGAACGCCAAAAGAAAUACAAGCUGCUCAGUAUAUGCUACAGCAAAGUGUGCGUGAAAAUCUUAGUGGUGGCGGCAGUGGAUUCAAUCGGAACUAAAAGCAUUUACCAUUGUGGAUAGCAAUAUAAUAAAAUGUAAUUCCCUGCUAGAGGGAAGACAAAUGCGUUUUAGAGCGCACGGAAUCCUAAUCCCCUAACUAACAAAAGCCACCGGCUCAGAGAUAAAAUGAGAAAUAUAGUGGGAACGAAUGUACUUGUAAAUUGUCAUAUUAAGAAUAAUUUGUCACCCUUCAAGCCGUAGCAGUAAGCAGUUUAUUCAUCUUGAUUUGUUUGCUACUGUUUUAUUUUACAAUCUGGCGUUUAACCAUCGGAUACAGGAUUAAACUUAAUAUCCACAUAUUUUAUAUAUUCAACUACAUACAAAGUCCAUACUGUUUUCAGUAUUUUCGUUGGAAAUAUUAAUCAUUAGUUAAAAACAAAUUUAAAGUGUUUCAAACAUCAAAUUCGACCUCAAUUAUGCCAAUCUUUUGAUCCAUGCCCUACAUACAUCAGUAAUGGCCAGUUUUUUAUGCAUAACAUAUUAUUUGCAACAUAGAGCAAAAUUGUGUCUAGUAGUUUCAACGGAUCAAUUUUGUUUAGUACAAAAUACGAAUAAAUUGUGGAUGAAUAUACAUCAACUUUGUUGAAACGGCAUGAACCUGUACCAAAGGACGAGAACAGGUAGUUAAAAAAAAAGAAAAUUCGAUAUUCGAAUUGUUUUUUUGUUCAUACCAAUAAACUGCUGCAUCAUUGUUAAGUAUAUCGAUGUGUUACGGUGUUGAAAUCAGUACACACUUUGGAUGAAAUCUAGAUUUACCUUAUGAGUUCAAUAAAAAAAGCUAUACAUAAAUAAA